GAACUCUAACCUAUAAUAAAAGAAAAAAAAUGAAGUUAGAAGAUAACUAUAUUAAUUGAAUUAAAAGUAUGGAGGAUUAUAUCAGAAAUUAAGCAAGGCAUCCUUAUUGAGGUUCUAUUUCAAUUUUGGGUUUAUAUAUCGGCGGCAAUUAUUAUUCAAAAUAGUCAAUUUAAUAGAAUGAGAUAUUUUCGCAAUAAUAUUUGGUCUUGAGAGAGUAUGUAUAAUGCUGUAUUAGGUGAUUAAAAGUAAAAAUAAUUUGAAAAGAAUAUCAAUUGCUUCAAUUGUUUCACCUUUUAUGCAAGGGAGCUAAGAUCUUGAAUCUGCUUUUUUUUACCAGCGGCCAACUUAGACCAUUCGCUAAACUUCAAUAGAUAAUCCAUAUAGGUUUUCUAUAGCCUUUUAAUAAUAAGUUAAUUUCUUAUAAGUUUAAUUUUUUACUUUAUAGUUCUUCUAAGAACAGAUAAAUACAUUAGUUAAAACUAAGCAAUAGGUUAGACCAUAAGAAAUCAGAGAACUAUAUAUCAAAUAUAAAGGAGAGAAAGCAGGUAUUGAAAAAAAAUCAAAAAUAAUUUGA